UCGUUUCACGGCGUGCUGUCCUCUGCAUACCUCUCUGAUCUCUUCCUCUCGGUCUCAGCUUCGACGAGGAAGACCGCGUCAUCGCCAAUGGCCGGCGACGGAGAAAGAGGUCGACCGAUGAAGAAACACAAGACUUCCUCCUCCUCCUACUCCAAAGCGGUUCAUAUGAUGGAAGAAGAGGACUUUAAUGACUAUGGCAAUGAUUUCGACGACGAUUCCCGGGACGGCGAGAGCGAGAUCAAGAAGAGGGAUUUCACCCAGCUGGAGCUGAAGCCGGAUCACGUGAACAGGCCGCUUUGGGCCUGCGCUGAUGGCCGGAUCUUUUUGGAAACCUUCUCCCCUCUCUACAAGCAAGCCUAUGAUUUCCUCAUUGCCAUCGCGGAGCCCGUCUGCAGGCCCGAAUCAAUGCAUGAAUAUAAUUUGACGCCGCACUCUCUGUAUGCUGCGGUUUCUGUUGGUCUGGAGACUGAGACCAUCAUCAGCGUCCUGAGCAAGCUGUCGAAAACUAAGUUGCCAGCUGAGAUAAUUGACUUCAUCCAUGGAUCUACUGCUAACUACGGCAAAGUUAAGCUCGUGUUGAAAAAGAAUCGGUAUUUUGUCGAAUCACCAUUUCCUGAGGUAUUGAAGCGAUUGCUUAAGGAUGAUGUCAUAUCAAAGGCACGGAUUAAUUCUGAGGAUUUGCAUGGUGCUGAGACAUUCACAAUUAGCAAAUCUGUGCGUGAGAUACAAGGUGGUCAUGAGGACUUGCUGAAUGGGGCUGACUUGGCUGCUGCAGCUGAAGAAAAGGAAACUCAUUCAUUUGAAAUAGAUCCUGCUCAGGUGGAGAAUGUCAAGCAACGUUGCUUGCCAAAUGCUCUGAACUACCCUAUGCUUGAGGAGUAUGAUUUUCGGAAUGAUACAGUGAACCCUGAUUUGAAUAUAGAAUUGAAACCUCAAGCCCAACCAAGACCAUAUCAAGAGAAAAGUCUCAGUAAGAUGUUUGGAAAUGGCCGAGCAAGGUCUGGCAUCAUUGUACUGCCUUGUGGUGCUGGAAAAUCUCUAGUUGGUGUUUCUGCUGCUUGUCGUGUAAAAAAGAGCUGCCUUUGCUUAGCCACAAAUGCUGUUUCUGUAGAUCAAUGGGCUUUUCAAUUCAAGCUCUGGUCCACCAUCAAAGAUGAACAGAUCAGUCGGUUCACAUCUGAUAACAAGGAAAAAUUUCGUAGUUUGGCUGGUGUAGUUGUGACCACUUAUAACAUGGUUGCUUUUGGUGGGAAGCGAUCUGAGGAUUCUGAGAAAAUCAUUGAAGAAAUACGAAAUAGAGAGUGGGGACUACUUCUCAUGGAUGAGGUGCAUGUCGUUCCUGCACACAUGUUUCGUAAAGUUAUCAGCAUAACUAAAUCUCAUUGCAAACUUGGGCUUACUGCAACCCUUGUGAGAGAGGAUGAACGCAUAACAGAUUUGAAUUUCCUUAUCGGACCAAAGUUGUAUGAGGCAAACUGGUUGGAUCUGGUAAAAGGAGGAUUUAUAGCUAAUGUCCAGUGUGCUGAAGUCUGGUGUCCCAUGACCAAGGAAUUCUUUGCAGAAUAUUUAAAAAAAGAAAAUUCAAAGAAAAAGCAGGCACUCUAUGUGAUGAAUCCAAAUAAGUUCAGAGCUUGCGAAUUUUUGAUUCGCUUUCAUGAGCAGCAGCGUGGUGAUAAGAUUAUUGUAUUUGCUGAUAACCUCUUUGCACUUACUGCAUAUGCAAUGAAGCUGCGCAAGCCCAUGAUCUAUGGUGCAACCAGCCACAAUGAGAGAACAAGGAUUCUUGAAGCAUUUAAGAAUAGCCCUGAUGUCAAUACAAUCUUCUUGUCCAAGGUUGGCGAUAAUUCAAUUGAUAUUCCAGAAGCAAAUGUGAUAAUACAGAUUUCUUCUCAUGCUGGGUCACGGCGUCAGGAAGCCCAACGUUUGGGUCGUAUUCUUAGGGCAAAGGGCCGACUUCAAGACAGAAUGGCAGGUGGAAAAGAAGAAUACAAUGCCUUUUUCUAUUCCCUUGUUUCCACAGAUACACAGGAGAUGUAUUACUCUACUAAAAGGCAGCAAUUCUUAAUUGAUCAAGGAUAUAGCUUCAAGGUAAUCACCAGCUUACCGCCUCCUGAUUCAGGCGCUGAACUCAGCUAUCAUAGCCUUGAGGAGCAAAUUGAACUACUAAGCAAGGUACUGAAUGCGGGGGAUGACAUGGUGGGUCUGGAGCAGUUGCAAGAAGAUGCAGAUGAUAUUGCUAAUAUUAAAAGCAAACGCUCUGCAGGAUCAAUGAGUGCUUUCUCCGGAGCGACUGGGAUGGUGUAUAUGGAAUACAGCACUGGGAAGAGCAAGCAGGCUGGGCAUGGUUUGAAAAGUAAACCAAAGGAUCCCUCAAAGAGACAUGUAUUGUUUAAGAAGCGAUUUGCCCCUUGAAACUGCAUACAAAAUAUAAAUGGCUGAACUUGGCAAACAUAAAUUUAGCUGUAAUCAAAUUGGUAACAUCUACGGAUCCGCAGAAUUUUGAAGCAAGUUUGGAGUAGAGAACCACCUGAGCAGUUCUGAUACCAGCACAAGUAUCUUUAUUUGAUAUGGAUAAACACCUGAGCUUCGACAAAUUGAAGAUAUCUACUUCAAUAGAUGAGACGAGCAAACAAUAGACUAGGCAUGGUGCUCUCUGGAGAAUCUUGCUAUAGAAUUUGGCAGCUUUAUCUGUAAGAGUUCCGUCAAGGUGAGUGGCGUAUGUGACAUUUGAGUUGUUACCAUCUAUGUAUGUGAAUCUGAAUAUAAGGUUUCGGAAGCUUUACCCUUUAUGCUGUAUGCAAUUUAGACCAAUGGUUCUACCACUCUAAUUGAUGAUAUCCCGCACUGAUAGUUUGGGGUCAGCA